AUGAAAAAAAUUUAUUGGUGGCCGGCGGCGCUGAGGGAGCUGCGUCGCUGGACGUCGGAGGAGGCGCUGGGCGACGUGACGGUGGCGCCCGACUGCUCGCGGCUGCCCGCGGCGGCGGCGCUGGCGCUGGCGGUGGCCGCGGAGGCGUCGGCCUCGGGCGCGGGCGCGGACGGCGCCGACCACCGCCUGCCGUCGCCCGAGGAGCAGGCGGCGACGGUGGCGGCGCGCUUCCCGGGCGAGCUGGUGGCGGUGGACGUGAGCGGGCGCGCCUUCCGCCGCAUAGAAAACCAGGAUGAAAGUGAAGUUAGGGGUCUGUCACUGGCAACUGCAGAUGACUCGGUGGUGGGUGGUUCUAGAAGUGAUAGUCAGAAAAUCAAGGAUACUUCUUCGUCUGAAGGCAUAAAAGCACAUUUUAAUUCCUUGAAACAGUGGGGCAAAGGAAAAUUGAAAUUAAUAAAAGGAAAUAAUACAAAUGAGAAUGGUAAUAGUGGACUGAAAACAUUGAAAGAAGAAGAAGUACUUUCAACUCCACAAACUCCAUUGCACAGCACUUCAGCAUUAUCAAACUCUCCAGGGCGUACAAAUAGUACAUUAACUGCGGAGAAUGAAUAUGAACUUUUUGGUAAAGGCUCAACCAGCACUACUACCAGUUCUGCUGGAACUGUAUGCACUACUCUUUUGGUUAGCAAUAAUGAAAGCAACCUCUCUCUAGCUCGAGGUCCCACAGUUCCUGAGAGGAAAAGUUCUCUAGACCAGAAGGAAAAUGGUAUUGGAACUAACAGCCAGAUGGUUGUAGCCAUGGUUCAUAAACAAAGAGGAUGUGAAAUGUCUGAAUCUCCAGACAGUGGUCACAAUACAUCUAGUUCACCUGUUGACUCAACAAGCAGUCCUCACGGAACCCUCACUGGACGUAGUUCUGAAUAUGAAUUCUCUGAGUCAGACUUGGAAGGUGUUGACAGGCUUGAGCGAAUACGUGUCAAGACAACUAUAAAUUCAAGUCGGAUUCCAUCCAUGUGUGUCAUAACACCACCUCCAUCAGAUGACGAAACAAGCCUUAGCCAAUAUGUGCCUUCAAAUAGACAUAAUGCUUCAGUGCCUUCAUCAAAUGCCAAAAAUAGAAUGAGUUUGCUGGAAACUGACUUUGGAGCCAAUAUAGUACACACACAGGAAAAGAAUUUAUCUCCAUUUGCUAAAUCUAGCGAAGAAAAGUCUAAAGAAGUGAUUUCUGAGAAGUCAACUUUUACUACUUCAAAGCAGACAGAAGAUGAAACAAUUCAAAAUUCAGUGGCUCCCUCUACUCUUCGACCAUUGCGAUUUUCUCCCAAAUUUGCUCAUAAAGAUUCAAUUAAGAAAGAAAACAAAACAUCAUCUCAGUCUGAUCAAGAAAGGCAAGAUAACUUUAGAACAUCAUUACUUCCUCCUUUUAAUAAUAUGAUUGGUAAAAUGAAAGAAGUUUUGUCAUCAACAACUCGAAAGGACUUUGGUGGUGUACCAUCAACAAAAAUUGAUAAAAUUAAUAAAGAUUCUGGUGAUUAUGUCACAAUAUCCAAAACUGGAAAUCUGCACUUCAUGCCCAUCCUCCACAGUAUGUGGAACCUCCUCCAGUGAGACAAGAAACGAACUUGAGGGAAAACUUUGCUUUUGGUUUUAAAGAGCAAUUAAAAUUACCAAGGACCCAUCAAUUAGAUCAACAAUAUAAUGGAAUUUCAGUUCAAAAACACACAAAACAAAAUGUACAUCCCACAUUUCCCAAUUCUUCAGCAUCAAACAAUUGUGAUGAAUUCAACAUGAACCACAUGCAAAAAGAGUACCACAAUGUUACCAGACAUGGUGCUUACUAUACUAGUCAAAAGGCUCCAAUGUACUAUUCAUAUUCUGCUAAGCAGAACUAUCCAGAAGAAAACACCUUCUCUAAUAAACACACCAAAUUUCCAACUCCAGCAACAAUUCCAUCAGUGCCUGAUAGUUGCAGUCCCUUCUCACAUAGAAAACAAAACAGUAGGCAACAUGAUACUGUUCAUUCAUCAACACCCACAAAAAAUGGGAGAAGAGAUUCGCUCAUGGAAAUGAGCACUGUAUUAUCUCCCAUUCAAAAAUGUGAAUAUAAUACUCAUCAUGAGUCUGUUAAAAAUGGGCAUGUUUUGCAGCCAACAGUCAACCAGUUGGAACAACAUGAUAAUGGCGGAAACUCAGGAAAUAUACCUGGAUCAUUGCAGGCCAAAUCUUCAAUGACAGCUGAAGAAUUAUUUGCAGCAAUUCACAAGUCCAAAAAAAAAUUGAAUAUUAAAGACGACUUUGACAGCUACUAUAGAAGUGGUUCACCUUCUUCUUCAUCUGUAAAUAGUCUUUCUCCUGGCAGUUCAGAAUCAUCAAUAAAUGGAACAAGAAGUGUGGGCAGCAAUGAAAUUGGUAUUGAAAAUACCAGUCGAAAUAGGCAUAGCUGGUCACCGAAUGCCAAACAAAGUUUCGAGUUCCAGACCUAUCAACUGAACUCCCAUUUUUAUCCUGCUGAUUCAAAGCAAAGCAGAGCUAGUGAUAGAUUAGGUCCUUUGCAACCAACAUCAAGAAAUGAUUUCAAACGAUUACUACUCCAACAUGGUUCAAAAUCAAAUGGACUCGGGGCAUACAGAGGAAAGCUGUCAGCAGUGGAACAACUAAGAAUGUCCCGACAACAAAGAAAUAUGCCUCAAAAUGGUAAUACUAUAAAUGGUGGAUAUCUACCUUUAAGCCCCUCUGAUAAACGUUACAAUGGACCUAAAUUAUUACCUUCACCUCGCUCAGCUGCUGCAUGGCGGUUUGCAUCACCAAGAACAGACAUUCUCUCCUCGACAAUAUUAGAAGAUUGUGCUGAGGAAGAGAAGGCAUCUUGCUCACAAGAAGAAAAUGAUGGGCAAUCUAAAAGCUUAACAAUGACUGCACAGAGUAGCCAUAGAAAUAUGUUAAGUAAAGAUGCUGGAUUAACUAUAUCUGAUAAUCGAAUAACAGAUCACAUGGAUGUAUUUAGAAAGACAGAAACACUCAACACUUCUCACACACCAUUGACAUUUUCUGGUAAGAAAACACCCUCAAAUCUCUCUUCUAAAACCCCAGGAGAGACAUUUGGGAAUAGUGUACAUUACAGAACACAUGUAACAAAUAAGAGCACUGUAUCUUCAGCACCUUUGUCACCAUCAAACGUAAAAGAAAAUGUAGAUACCAAUAAACCAAAUUCACAACAAUUCAGUUCUCCAUAUAAAAUAAAUUCACAUUCUUUACCUGAAUCUCAAUUAGCCAACAUGAGGGCUCGUCAAUUGUUCAUGCAGCAACAAAACAGUUUCAGCAAUAAAGAGACAAUCAUUACAUCACCAUCUGCUUCCAGAGUACAAAUAUCAGUAGAGAAGCAGAAGCAAAACUCAUACAAUUCCCGUGGCUCCCCGGCUAGGUCCAUUCUCGCCCAAAUUGAAAGAAAGAGUCCAUCACGAGCAACUCUGGAAACAGCUUUGUGAAGAAAGGAUUUUGGUGUGAAUAUAAUGUAGACAUUUUUUUAAAUCAUGCAUUAUUUUGACAACCUAUUGAUUCAUGUUGAAUUGUUUUCAGUCUAAAUUAUAAAUUAAUAUCUUCCCUAAGAAAAACUUCAACUUAUUUCAAAUACUAAAAAUGAUAUUUAAUACAAGGACACUUGUGUACUAAAUUGGAGAAAACCAGAUAAUGUAGUAUGUGAUAUCAAUUGAAAGUGUUAUGUAUAUUAGCAGCACUAUAAUAUAUUAUCUAUUUAUUUGUUAAUAAUUCAAAUAAUCAUAAAGCACACUUACAAGCAUCAGAUGCAAAUAGAAAUUUAGCUACUGCAAUGUUUAGGAGAGAUCAGUUUUUUGUAGAUCCUGAUACCCUCUGUAAGAAGCAUAUGUAUUGAUUUGAGAUGUAACUAGAAGUUACAUUCUCUCUUCCGCCCAAAAUAAAUAAAACAGUAUUGCAUAAGUGUAGUCUAGUCCACUUCCAAUCAAAUACUAAUUGCACUUAUUAUAAAAAGUGUAGAAAAGAUAAUGUCAGUUUUCUCCUAUGGAAACAAAUAAUAAAACAUUCAAGAACGUGAAGGGUUUCAGAAAAUUCUCACUGUAUAUUAUGUAUAUUUAUCCUGUGUACAUGCAAAGUAUGAAAAAAUCUAUUCACAUGAUGCAACAUGAAAUUUUAAUUUAUGUACAGUUUGAUGUAAAACAUCAUUUUUCUACACAUUAAUUCUAUUUAUAUGAACUUUGUGCCAUUCUUCUAAUAACACAAAUGCUGUAAAGGGAACAAUUUCGUAACUCCCUGAACCUGAUAUGUAACUCUCAUGUACAUUACCUACGCAAUUUAAGCAGAAUUAAUUUAUUGCAAAAGUAAAUUGCCUUGCAUAUUCAAUUUUAAAAUGUACUGUGUAUAUUAAAGAAAAGUUAUUAAAAAAAUGUCUGUCUAAAUGGGAAUUAUAUGGUAGAUGAGUUGAUUCUCUUCUUGCAAACAGUAUCUCACAUACCAGCAAAUUGAAAAUGACCACUUAAUGCAGAUAUAUUUCAGUAUUAUUUCAUGGCACAUUGCUUCUAUAUAAAAAUUUCACUUGUAUGUGAGGGGACUGAAAUCUUCACAAACAAUGCUUUUUAAUUACAAUAUUGUAUUCUGUAAUCAUAACGUGUGAAGGGACCAAUCAAUCAAGGUUAUACUUAAUUUAAUGACAACAGAAAAAUAAAUAAUAUUUUACAAAAUGAUUUGUCUUUAACAUCUUUUCCUCAGAUUUCAG